CAAGAUAAAUUGGCUGCAGUGUCAGCUGAACGUUAAAUUGGAGUCGUCUAUCACAUGAAUGUGAUGGUGAAUUAGAUUCAUAAAUGAACAAUGCUUGCUUCAUUUAUCGACUUAUGAUGGGGUACUUUUUUCUUGUUAUACUAAUACUUGGUGGCGUUCCUUCCCUGAAAGGAAGUCCGGGACUAUUUGCACGAAUCAGAGAGUGGCUAGAGACAAGAAGGGCUUGUCGCUGUGACUGCCCCGUUUAUUUUGACACAGUUUGUGGAUUUGACCAUGACAACGGGUACGUUCUGGCUGACAAUAUGUGCCUCAUGCUGAGACACAAUCAAUGCCACAAGACAAAUUACGUGAUAGUAGAUGAUUCAAUUUGUGAAGAUUUGCUCAACUUUACUCAACACUUUGUACCACCUUUACUGAUUCGAGUUACUAAAAUCAUUCUAUAGGUUUAUGUUUGAUAAUAAUACUAUGUCGUCAAUGAAAAA